AUGGUGAACGACAUUUCACGUCAGAAUGGGGCGGGCAAUGAUACAUCUUCAUGUGGACAUUUACAGGAACAGCAAGGCAAUGUCAGGGAGGUCUGUGUUACCUUAGAAACAGAGGAAUCACUUUGUACCUCCAACACUGAAGAGCUACAACCCUCUGAUACAAUGCCUGGACUUAUCAGAAGUCAAACAGAUGGAGAGGUGGAUUAUGGGAUGAGACCGAGCAUAAUUGUUCAGGAUGAUGUUGAUGAUGUCGCCAUGGAAACUAUGGAACAGAGGUCUGCUGAAAUGAUGGAAGAUGGUAAUGUGAAUGAAGAAGACAUUCCAAUGGGAACAGAGGCCAACUCCUUUGACCAGAAGGAACGAAACUUUGUGACAGUGCUGCCACCUGUCAUGGACAAGCGGUUACAAUGGUUACUGGAUGCUCCACAAAAUCUCAGCUUUGCCUCGGAUUUCUCACAGAACACAACAACAAGCAUGUCCAGUGACAUCAGCCUUGACAUGCUGCUGAAUGAUCGUAACGAAGAUCCUGAGGACAUCCUCAUGGGUUUAGGAUUUGGAGAUGUGGACGAAACAGAAGACACGAUACAGAGAAUCCCAGAGCGUUUUCUAAGUGAACCCUCAGAACUUGAUGGCAUCGAUAUAUCUGGCCUCAUUAGGGACAAUCCAGAACUGAGUUGUCUUUUUCAAAGCUACAUAGAAUCUCAGAAUAGCAGCGCCGACUUUUCUGUCCAAGGACCAAAUUCUAGCGGAGCUAUUGACCGUAGUCCCCAUUUGAACACCACGUUUUGUUCCGUUAUGAACAGCAUGAAGUUCUUGCAUGCUCUACAGUCUCCCAGUCACGUACCAUCUAACUAUGAUAUUGAAAACGAGGGUGUUCACAGUAUUUUGAAUCCAGAAAAUCGUGACUGGCUGGCCAGUCAGGGAUAUUAUUACUCUAAAAGUGGGACACCUACUUCGACACCAAAGCCUGCAACUACCUCUGUUCAUAAACUUGCAAAGUCCUGGUCGAUGGAUGCCACAGAACGACGAAAAGCAUUUGGGAAAACACGAAGAUCACAACAUAGGUCCUUGUCUGAUUUGAAAGAGGAAGUUGAUGAGUUGACCUCACCAAAGGUAGAAAAUCGGACAGGGGCACAAAGUUUUGACAGUUUGGGAAAUUACACGAGUGUUGAAACCUCUACCGAUUCCUUUGAUAGUGUAGACUCCAUGCAUCUUGGUCAUGGACGGACGAAUGUGUUGGGACGCGGUGUUGGCAAUAAUGUUCGUCGUAGUUCUGGCAUUAUACUACCAGUUCCCUUACCAAUGGCUAAUGAAAAUAUAAUUACCAACAUCCGCAAACAGGAAGUGGAAAUGAUGGCAUCAUUUCCGGAUGCUGAUGGUGAAUAUUUUGUGUCCCCAUCGCUUUCUACUCAGUCUAGUCUAGAACAUACAUUAACCUCAAAACAUUUACACAAAUUAUCAACCAAGUCCUCUACCUGCACACUAUUAGGUGAAACUGACACUGAACCGAUCAAUGAUGGCGUUAUAUCUGAAAUGACCAAUCCUGACAGCGAUAACACAUUUAUAGACGAUACAAAUUCUAAAGAUUUGGAUAUGACAGAUUCAGAUGUAAAUCGUGUGAAGAAGGAAAACAUAGACACAGAGAAUUCAGAUAGUGGUCAGGAAAAGACUAAAUAUCUAAACAUGGAUGCUGUCAAAGAUGUGUUAACUGUGUAUUUUACUUCAAGUUCUUUAAAAAAGAAAGUGAACGAAGGUACAGGUGAAGAGCUGGAGCAGGUGUUUGUAUGUGAUAGAGGACAGCAGACAGACAAGCUUACAGAAAACAGGACACUUAACAUAAAGGCUGUUGAUGGAAAGGCUUGUGAUACCAUUGAUAGAACGGACUCCAAAGUUAACUUAGAGGUCAUAGGAAGGAUGGAGAGUGUCCAGUCAGACAGCAGUGGAUUUGCUGAAGGUGACCACAUGGAUGUUCAGGAAAAGGUGUGUACAAUGGGAAGCAGUGGGGAGAGUGACCAGACCAAUCAGAGCAGUACUACCAUCCUCCAUGAUAUUACAGACAGACCUCACUCGCCUGACCUUUGGUCAGAAGGUACAGUUCCACGACCAGUGUUCGUCAUUCCUAGUAACAAGAAGGCAGUGAGGAAGGAUGCCUCCAUCUCUACUGAUGACACUUGUGUAAGUCCUGUUUUGUCACCUGUGUUUGGAAAGAUUCAUCCCGUUCAACACGAGCAGUGUGAUUCUGGAAAUGAGACUCUCUCCGACAGAUCUGUUGUUUUAACCAUAGAACUCCCACAGGAAUGGAUAAGAUCAGGACAGUUGUCAGGUGCUGAUAAGGGAGUUAUCUCCCUUUCCUACCAUGACAAUGAAUUACAAAUAUCUCCAAAUAUGGACAUCACUGAUGAGGACGUACAUAGGAGUUACGGAUCAAUUACUUCAAGCACCUCUGUGAAUCCUUUAGAAUCUACACCAUUUAAGAGACCUGUCCGUCCGGAAUGGGCCUCUACACCGAAUCAACGUAAAAAUCCACCUACUUACACAGCUCACCAACACCACAUAACAACGAAACAAAGGUCAAGGUUAUCCAAGAUUUCAUCUUCCUGUGAAUCUUUGUACAUGCCAUACAAGCGUCAUUUUGACUCAGACACUGAUGGAGAACGUAAAAGUCAGUUUGAUUCUGAUACAGAUGGCGAACGUCGCAGCCAUUUUGCUAAUCUUACUCAUAGUGUCAACUCAUCCUUUGAUGGUAGUUUGUCGAGUGUAGCAGAGGAAUCACUUGAAUACUUUAAACUGAGACAGCUUAUCAACAAACCUGUGACGUUUCAGCAGGAGACUCGGGGCUCAGUACCACUCACCAAAUAUCAGUCGAAAUAUCCCAUCAAAACCUGGCCCUCCAUUCAACAACGGCUGUUAUUACAGGAGGAAACGCAGCUUGUUCAGUACGCAGUGCAUCGAUAUAAGUUGGAACUAAACAUACUGGAGACUACGUUCCUGGUCAAUAAACAGCUUGCCUGGGAUGAGCUGACUCCAGAAGAAAAGACGGAGCUGGACGAGCUUCAACUACUGUGGACAGAAGUGCGUAAGGAAGUCACAGAAAUGGAACAGUACCUUGCCAACAGAAUGGCUGCCACUCAAGUAGGAAAUGAUAGGUUCCAACCUCUGCUAGUGUUAGAGGUCGUACACAAGAUGGUAAAUCUCCUCAGGGAACAGAUGUACCAGCAAGAGAUCUAUAAAUCCAAAAUGGAUCUUGAGCUUGAUCCACCAUUCCAGCCUUCACUCCAAGUCCCCUGGUGGCCAGAAGUAUCCCAGAUGUUGUGGGACAUCAAACAAAAAGUGUCUGAGCCUCCAGCCAUGUCUAAUACCUCAAGUGUGGCCUCGGGCAGCAUGCAAGACCUGCGGCAAAUUAUCCGAGAGGAAGUCCAGCAAGAAUGUAAAGACAGUCAACGAUGGCUUCACAAGGAAUUAGAAGCGAAAGAAAAGGAGUUAUGUAAGCUGAGAAAAGAAGUUAUAUCCCAGAAUAUAAAGGAAGGACAAACGAAAGUGAAGAAAUACUAUGAAAGUGUUGUGUGACAAGAACACAAGGGAGAUAACUGUGAUAAUGAACACUUCAUGCUAUAGUAUCAGCAAAUACUGAUCCAGAUAGCUAAAUGUUAUAUAAAGUGCCUUGUAUGUACCUAGACUGUGAUUGGAAGGGCUUUACAAUGAACUUAAUUUGCCCAAGAGGAAGAUUGACUGUGAUUGGGAGGACUCCAUACUUAUCAGUGAAGAAUAAUCAUUAUAGAAUAAUUUCAACUAAGGUUGUGUUAAAACUAUUUCACCGAUGUCCAUGAUUUUUUCAUGAGCUAUUCUACACAAUUAGAAUUUUA